ACAAAUCAGUCUGCCAUUGACAUCCCAUCGAGCAAUACGCGUCUUCGUGGAAAAAGUUGCCGCCCAAGUCAACAAGUCAUACAAACGUCUUUAAAAUGUAAAUUGUACGGAAAAUCGAAAAAAAAAUAUUCUGUUGAAAAAAAAAAACAAAGAAAAACUAAAUUAAUCUCUUAUUUAUAAAUAGACCAUGCGCAAAGAUUAACAAAGUGAAUAAACACUGACGUCAAAAAGAUAAAAAGGAAUUGGAAAAAGAACAUCUGCCCAAUUUGAAAGUGGCGCGGGAGUCCAUAGUAGACCUUAAUGAGCUCUAGUAUUUUAAAAUUACCCAAAAGUUACCGCUAUCGUCGUUAUGUCUGAAAGUUAAUAAAACCGAACUCAAUACCCUAACAGUCAUAUUGGAGUAAAAAAAAAAACUUAUUUAAUUGGAAGGUCAAUUGAAAAUUUCAAAAAUAAAUUUCCGUGUCUCGAAAUUUAAUCAAACUACCAUCCCCCACCAUAGUAACGCAUCACCUGUAUGGGUAAAGUUAUGAGAGUGAAAUAUUCAUCGUCACCACCUGCCCUAGAAUCACAAAAAGCCCUGCGGUUAUCGAACAAAAGUUUAAAAUUAAAAUUCAUCAAACUCGAGAUCUAUUUUAUGUUCAACAAUUUGUGCAAAAGAAAAACUUCAAUCAAUAAACAAUUGACACUAACGAAUAAUAAUAAAAAAGUAUUGAACUUAAACAACAACAUCGUUUGCCUAUUGCCAUAACAAUUUAAGAUCGGGUUUCUCAAAAGGGUGUGGUGCUUGGGUGUGACAAAUCAAAUCGAAUUGAGUGUUUUUCCAAAUUUUCGUCAAUUGUUCACAAAUACAAAAAUUCGCGAAAGUUAAUCAUCAGCAACAAAAUUUUGUUUGGAUUUUAUAUUCUUGGUGAAGACAAUUGGAUUUAUUUGUGUCGAAUAAAAGGGUUUUGAAAGAAAGUUGGCUUACUGAGCAUCAGAACAGUAACUGCAAAGAUGGUUGGAGUUGCGGUUGAUUCGAAUGUGGAUGAACUAUCAUCGACCAAUAAUGUCAUGAUCAAAUAUAUGCUGAAGCAGCGUGAGAACCAUGCUCGUAAUCAAAAAAGGGAUUACUCGCAUGUGUUCCGGCGAAAGACACGAUUUGAGAUGUUUCGCUUGUCGGCCAUAGCUAUGGGUAUAGAAUUCGCCUACGCCGCAGAGACUUCAUUUGUUUCACCGAUUCUUCUACAGAUUGGCAUAGAUCACAAACACAUGACCAUGGCCUGGGGAUUGUCGCCCCUUAUAGGAUUCUUCGUGUCGCCCCUAUUGGGCUCGGUGAGUGAUCGAUGCCACUUGAACUUUGGCCGCAGAAGGCCGAUAAUCACUCUGCUGUCACUGGGUAUACUAAUAGGUUUGAUAUUAGUACCGUACGGCAAGGAUUUGGGAAUUUUACUCGGCGAUAAAGGCUACACAACGAGCAACAACAGUUUACACCUGAAUAGCAAUUAUUCCGCAUAUGAGGGCAGUGUGUCGGCUCAAAUGGCAUCGGAAAAUGAAGAAGGAGUUUCGACGUCAAAUUUUAAGUUUGCAGCAAUUUUAACGAUUUUGGGUAUGGUUCUAUUGGACUUUGAUGCGGAUACAUGUCAAACGCCUGCACGAACCUAUCUGUUGGACAUGUGCGUACCAGAGGAUCAGCCCAAGGCAUUGACCAUGUUUACAUUGUUUGCUGGGGUAGGGGGCACAAUUGGCUAUGCAAUCGGAGCCAUUGAUUGGGAGAGUACUAAUAUAGGUUCGUUUCUUGGAGGAAACAUACCCACUGUUUUCGCUUUGGUCACCAUCAUUUUCUUCUUUUGCUAUUUGACAACGGUGACAACAUUCCGGGAAAUUCCUCUUAAACUAAUCGAGAACGAUGAUUUGCUAAGACCGCUUUCGGCCAAAGCCAUUAAAAAGGAGCUACAAAAGAAAAAUUCCAAUGUCUACUACAUUCAAGAGAACUCUUCCAUGGAUUUACAAGCCACCGACAAAUACACCGCCAUCGACCAUUAUCAAGGCGGCUGUGAUUCACCCAAUGGCCAUGCGACCUCAAAUGGUGGUCACAGUCCACAUAACACAAGCAAUGGCCAUGCAAAUACAACUUCAACGCCAAAGUUAACAUCGAAAGCCAUUGAAAUAAUCGAGGUUGACGACGAUGAUAAGCCUGUUUCAUUGAAAAAAUAUUUGAAGAGUAUUUUUGUUAUGCCAAAAUCCAUGAGAAUUCUAGCUUUGACAAACUUGCUCUGUUGGAUGUGCCAUCUUACCUAUUGCCUGUAUUUUACGGAUUUUGUAGGUGAAGCUGUAUUUAAUGGUGACCCAAUGGCACCACCAAAUUCCGAGAAAGCUGAGUUGUACGAAGAAGGCGUUCGUUUUGGCUGCUGGGGUAUGUCAAUUUAUGCCUUAUCCUGUUCUGUGUACUCCAUGACAGUGGAGAAACUCAUGAAAUGGUUUGGCACAAAAUGGGUUUAUAUCAGCGGCAUUCUUUUCUAUGGUGUGGGUAUGUUAAUCCUUGGACUUUGGCCUACCAAAUGGGGAGUGUUAUUCUUUAGUACCUCUGCUGGUAUUUUAUAUGGAACAAUCUUUACAAUGCCUUAUAUUCUGGUGGCCAAAUACCAUGCCAAGAACUGUUUCCGUGUUCGAGAUGGUGAAAACGUUCCGCUGAAACAAACUCGAGGUCUUGGCACCGAUGUGGCCAUCAUCAGCAGCAUGGUAUUUGUUGGUCAACUUAUUGUAUCUGUCAGUGUGGGCCCCGUUGUGGCUUGGGCGCAAACCACUUGUGCCAUACUUUUUCUAUCCACAAUUUUAGCCUUCUUUGCCGCCAUAUCAGCCAUGUUUGUAUUAUACGUCUAAGUGAUACUUGAAUGUAAGCAGUUAAUCUGUAACUCUUACUCAUAUUCAAUUAGUAUUAGAUAUUAUUAUUAUAAAUAAGUAAGCAUGUAUUUAAUAAAUAGUAUAUCAACUUCUCUUUAAAUUCUUAAAAAUCGAAAAAUUGUUACAUCAUAAUAAGUUCUACAACUUAAUAAAAUGUAUAUCUAUUCGAAAAUCGAUACUAGAA